AUGAAUUCAGCUGAAGAAUCACAAAAGUAUAAGGAAAUAAAGCAAUUGACAGAAGGAAUGCAAGAGCAUAAGGAAAAUAAGCCUCUGGUGUUGUCAAAUGAAUUUGUUGGUUGGGAAUAUGAGGAAAAUGUUAAGAAUAUGUGGGAGCUUUUGGGAGAUGAUCAAGUUUUCAUUAUUGGCUUAUGUGGAAUGGGAGGAGUGGGGAAAACAUUCCUAGCAACUUAUAUGGAGAAUGAGAUAAAAAGAAAGGGAACAUUCGGGGAUGUCUUUUGGAUCAAUGUUUCCCAGGAUUUUAGCAUUCUCAAAUUGCAACAUAACAUUGCAGAAACAAUAGGAGUAAAGCUCAAUAGAGAUGAUGAGAGAACUAGAGCAGCAAUUUUGACGUCAGAGUUAGAGAAAAGAGGGAAAUCAGUAUUUAUUUUGGAUGAUGUUUGGAAUUAUAUUGAUCUAGAAAAGGUGGGAAUUCCUCUUGGAUUAAAGGGUAAUAAAUUGAUUAUAACAAGUCGUUUGAAACAUGUGUGUCAACAGAUGGAUUGCCUGCCAAAUAAUCUGAUAACAAUACACCCUUUGGGUUAUCCCGAUGAUGAUGAUGAUGAUGGUGGUGAAGCAUGGGAGCUAUUUUUGCUUAGACUUGGACACCAUGGAACACCUGCUAUACUUCCCCCUGAAGUAGAGUAUAUUGCAAAAUCUGUUGUAAAGAAUAGUCGUGGUUUACCACUUGCAAUCAAUGUGAUGGCUCGAACCAUGAAAGGGCGACAAGACGACAUUCAUUGGUGGAGACAUGCGCUGAAUAAACUUGACAAGGUGAUGGAAGAGAUAUUCGCAACACUCAAACACAGCUAUGAUAAUUUAAUUGAAAAGGAUGUGAAAAAAUAUUUCUUAUAUUGUGCAUUACUACCUGAUAUUUACCACAGCGAUUAUUUUAUCAAAAGGAUUUUUGAGACUGAAUUCUCAAAUAGAAAGGGGAGUUUGGAGGACAUAUUUGAUGACGCGAAAGUCAUUGUGGAUAAACUCGACGACCAUUCUUUAUUGUUGAGGGAUGAAGAGUGUAGACGUAUGCAUAAUCUGGUGAGGAAAAUGGCGUGUUACGAUAAAAUGAUGGUAAAACGUCAUGAAAAACUGAAAAAAAUACCUGACAUAGAGGAAUGGACAAUUGAUUUGGAGGCAGUUUCUUUGGCAGGUAACAACAUAAAAGAAAUCCCAGAGAGCACAUCACCUAAUUGUCCACACUUGUCCUGGUUGAUUUUAUCUCACAAUUCCAUCUGUUAUAUUCCAGAUAGUUUAUUCACACACAUGAAUGCUCUAACAAUACUUGACCUAUCACGGAAUCGUGAAUUAAAAUGUUUACCAAAUUCGUUGUCUAACUUGAGGUCUCUUACUUCUUUAGUGCUCAGUGGAUGCUUCAAAUUGGAAUAUAUACCACCGCUGGGAGAGCUACAAGCAUUGUUAAGAUUGGACCUUUCACAAUGUUCCAUCCUCCAAGUACCACCGGAAGGUUUGGAAAAUCUAAUAAACUUGAAAUGGCUAGAUCUGUCCCGUAACUACAAGAUGCUAGUACGAGGAAAUGUACUAAGCAAAUUGAUCAGUAUGCGAGUUCUCGAUCUUCGGUAUUGUUCAGGUAUAGAAGUAAUAGACGUGCAAGGGAUGAGUAUGCUUGAUUGUUUUAGAGCAAGUUUUGUGGACCAGGAUAACUACAUUCGUUACAUGCAAGAAAUCCAAUGCAGAGAUUAUGGUCCUAAAACUUAUCUUAUCCUCAUGGGAAAAUGUGAGGGUUGGAUGCCUUGUUAUAUGGAUCCUAUUUAUUUAGAAUUUAAGGGUCGAAGAGUUUGCUUUGGAGAUUGUGAAGAACUUCCCUAUUUACUGCCAAGAGACCUUAAGGAAUUGAAUGUAACUAACAAUGAUCAAUGGGAAUGCUUAUGUGGCACCCUGUCAUGGAAUAACCCUCCUUCUCUGAAGAAGAUUUACAUUAGUGAUUGCCGAAGACUGAAGAGCUUGUUAUGUUUGUCAAAUUCUUGUUCCUUAUGCACUAAUAUCCAAAACCUCCAAUCUUUGAGUGUUUAUAAUUUAGAAGGUUUAACUGCAAUCGGCAAAGAUGUUGAUUUAACACAAUCUUUGUCACCGAGGGGCGUGUUCUUUCAUCUUAAGAAACUUUACAUCAACGAUUGCCAUAAAAUAGAAACGUUGUUGACACCAGGUUUAGUGCCACAGCUUCAUAACCUGGAAUAUAUGACUGUUUCGAGUUGUUAUUCGAUGAAGGAGAUAUUUGCAGAGCAUGAUAAUGGUGAUGGCAAUAAUUUAAACAUUACUCUCCCCAAGUUGAUCACUUUUAAACUGUCGACUUUACCACUAUUGAAGAUUGUGUCUAAAGGAACCUUAGUGUGUAGGUCUAAGAAUAUAUUGGAGAUUCGGGGUUGUCCCAAAUUAGAAAUGUUCCCCAAAAUACAAGUCUUUUGUGGUUGA